AUGGGAUCAGAUCCUGGAGAGUCAGAAAGGAUCGGGAAACGGAAAGUGGGACGGGCUGCACGACGCUAUGCAAGGUUAUUUCUAAUUCCUAGCGUUAGAUCGCACUUCGCUAAGGACGGCCUUGUUUUAGUCUCCGCCAUUCAACUCCGAGUUCCCGAAGUGGCGACAUCCGAUGCCAAUUUCAACCUCCUUCACCCACUAGAACGUAUUCAAUUCCCCUCACGCAAUCUGAUCGGGUCGGUGCCAGGAGAACCAGGCACCAGGAGCGGGUUCAAAUGCAGGAACCAAAACGGGAGCUUUAGCCAGCCAGGUACGAUCAAGGCUGCUGAUCCAAAAGAAGAAAAAGAAAGGCAAUAUCUAGGCAUUACCUUUACAACUUCUAGCGGGGGUCAGCAAUCAAGAGUGGAGAAAGUGUCAUAUUUACGGGGUCCUGGAUGGGCUGGCUGGACCUCGUUAGAAAUUGAAGAAUUUGGUACCCGCCUCCGUCUGCACACUCCACCUGCGUCUGGACUGCACGAUUCGACCUGCAGAAAGACCGGAGCUGCGGCGACUGAGGGGAGAACUAGGGAUAAGUACUAG